UUAACUUCUCUUCUUUCCUCUUUAAUUCUAUACUCUCAAUGUGAGAUGCAACACUCCAACAUCUUUCUUCUUCUUGUUGCCUUUUUGGGUUAGGAGUUGUGUUCAUUUCAAUGGUUAAGAACCUUGUAAUUUCAGAUUCCAUUUUGACCUUUGCUGAAUAAUUCUCAUCCUCAACGUUUUCUAUCUGUUGUUUUUGGCUUACUGAUUGUACCGUAGAACCAUCAUAAAUGACUUCGACUGCUUGCUUUGGUUAUCAUGCGGAGCUUUUAACUCAGACGGCGGGCGAUACAUGAGGGCAGCACAUGAGAUUUUUAGCCUAUCAAAGAACACAACAACAAAAGUUUCGUUCCUCUCAUCUUUUAUCAUAACCAGAAGCUUGUGUAUGUUCUUUAUAAGUUUACCUGCUGGGGAGUAUAGAUCAGAAUUAGAUUAGCGUAUUGGAGGAGACAAAAUGGAGAAAAUGAAUGGCUUGGAUGGGAAAACAAAUAUACAGGAGGCUGCAGCACUAAAAAGAAGAGUAAAGGCAAAGAAAAUACCCAACAUGAUUGGUGAUGCAGAUGAUCACUUGGAGAAGAAAGGAGGAGGAGGAGAUCAUCAUCAGAAUACCAAAAGUGUUCCAUUUCUCAAGCUGUUCUCAUUUGCAGAUUCUUCAGACAUUUUCUUGAUGAUUGUUGGCACGAUAGGCGCCAUUGGGAAUGGUCUAGGCCUACCUCUUAGCACAAUAUUAUUUGGCCAAAUGAUUAAUGCUUUGCAGGUCGACAAAGAUGUUGUUCGUGUGACUUCCGAGAUAUGCCUUAAAACACUCUACCUUGCAGCUGGGAUUGGUGCUGCAGGAUUCCUCCAGGUGGCUUGCUGGAUGGUCACAGGGGCGAGACAAGCUGCACGAAUAAGAGGCGUGUAUUUGAAGACCAUUUUGAGACAAGAUGUGGCUUUCUUUGACAAAGAAACUAACACCGGAGAGGUUGUUGGCAGAAUGUCCGGUGACACUGUUCUCAUACAAGAUGCCAUGGGUGAGAAGGUUGGGAAAUUUCUGCAGUUGGUAUCGACUUUCAUCGGGGGCUUUGUUGUAGCAUUUUUAAAAGGGUGGCUUCUAACCCUUUUGUUGUUAGCCUCGGUUCCUCUUAUUGUGACUUCAGGUGGUCUUAUGUACAUUGCUAUAUCCAAGACGGCAUCUCGUGGACAGGAUGCUUAUACGAAUGCAGCAAAUGCUGUUGAACAGACAAUCAGCUCAAUUAGGACAGUGGCAUCGUUUACUGGGGAAAAGCAAGCUGUAAAUAACUACAAAAAGUUCCUACUAACGACUUACAAAUCUGGUGUUCAAGAAGGCUUUGUAUCUGGAUUAGGUUUUGGCCUGGUUACGUUUGUCAUUUAUUGUUGCUAUGCUAUGGCCGUAUGGUUUGGAGCAAAGAUGGUACUGUAUAAAGGAUACACUGGGGGUGAUGUGCUGAAUGUGAUGAUGUCUCUGUUGACUGGAUCUGCGUCCCUAGGCCAAGCGUCUCCCUGCAUGAGUGCCUUUGUUGCCGGUAAAGUUGCGGCAUAUAAGAUGUUUGAGACUAUUGAGAGGAAACCAAAGAUAGAUGCUUAUGACACAAAGGGGAAAAUUUUGGACGAUGUUCGUGGAGAUAUAGAGUUGAGAGAUGUUUUUUUCAGUUAUCCAACCAGACCAGAUCUGCAAAUAUUCAGUGGUUUCUGUCUUUCCAUCCAGAGUGGCACAACUGCAGCAUUGGUUGGACAAAGUGGAAGUGGGAAGUCAACAGUUAUCAGUCUAAUAGAGAGAUUCUACGACCCACAAGCUGGUAAAGUUCUUAUAGAUGGAAUUAACCUCAAAGACCUCCAACUCAAUUGGAUUAGGGGGAAAAUUGGUCUUGUUAGCCAAGAACCUGUGUUGUUCGCAUGUAGCAUAAGGGAUAAUAUUGCAUAUGGAAAGGAUGGUGCCACAACCGAAGAGAUAAGAGUUGCUGCUGAACUUGCAAAUGCUGCUAAAUUGAUCGAUGCACUGCCUCAGGGACUAGAAACCACAGUUGGUGCUCACGGAACGCAGCUCUCUGGUGGUCAAAAGCAAAGAAUUGCCAUUGCAAGAGCAAUUUUGAAGGACCCUCGAAUUUUGCUUCUAGACGAAGCUACAAGUGCACUAGAUGUGGAAUCUGAGAGGAUUGUGCAGGAGGCACUGGAUAGGAUCAUGGUCAACCAAACUACUCUCAUUGUUGCCCAUCGUUUAAGCACAGUGAGAAAUGCUGACAUGAUUGCAGUCAUUCACAGAGGAAAGAUAGUUGAAAGAGGCUCACACUUAGAGCUAAUCAAGAAUCUUGAUGGAGCUUACUCUCAGCUUAUACGCUUGCAAGAAGUUAACAAGGAAUCGGGAGAAGAUGUAGAUGGUAAAAGCAUAUACGAAAUUCCUGUUGAAUCGUUUGGACGGCCAAUUAGUCCUGGACAGUGUAAAAGAAUUUCAUCCCAAAAAUCCCUAAGUUGGGAAUCAUCUACCAAUGAUAGUAGCCACCAUUCAUUCUCAAUUGCAGAAUAUACUUCCACCUCAAAAGGCCCGAGCCGUGAGAAAGUGCCAGCAGAAUCAGAAGAAAAAUUUCCAUUGGUUUCAAUCUGGCGCCUUGCACACCUCAACAAGCCAGAGAUUCCAAUUAUUCUUCUUGGGGUUAUAGCUGCUAUCAUCAGUGGCAUGUUACUUCCUAUUCUUGGCAUCCUCCUUACCAGGGUAAUACACUCAUUCUAUGAAAAACCUGCAGAUCUGAUAAAGGAUACAGCGUUUUGGUCGAAAAUGUUUGUGAUCCUUGGUGUGGUAUCAUUUUUGGCAAUUCCAGCACGAGCAUACUUCCUUUCUGUGGCCGGAUGUAAGUUGAUAGAACGUAUUCGAUUGAUGUGUUUUGACAAAUUGGUUCGCAUGGAGGUUGGUUGGUUUGAUGAGCAGGAGCACUCAAGUGGUUUCCUGGGAGUUAAGCUCUCAGCAGAUGCUGCAGCAACUCGUUCGCUUGUUGGAGAUGCACUUGGUCAGAUACUUCAGGUUAUUGCUUCAGUAGUUGCGGGCUUGAUCAUUGCAUUUAUUACAAGUUGGAAGUUGGCAUUUAUUGUCCUUUCCUUGAUCCCCCUGAUCGGAAUCAAUGAAUAUCUUCAAGUCCGGUCCAUGAAAGGAUUCAGUGCAGAUUCAAAGAUGAUAUAUGAGGAAGCAAGUCAAGUUGCCAACGAUGCAGUUGGGAGCAUAAGAACAGUCGCUUCUUUCUGUGCCGAAGACAAGGUGAUGCAUCUAUACAGCAGGAAAUGUGAAGGCCCAAGAAAGGCAGGAAUAAGACAAGGCUUGAUCACUGGAAUAGGAUUUGGGACAUCUUUUGUCAUGCUGUUUCUUGUCUACGCUACCAGUUUCUAUGCAGGAGCUCGAUUCAUUGAGGCUGAGAAAGCAACUUUCUCAGAUGUUUUCCUCGUUUUCUUUGCUUUGACCUUUGCAGCUACGGGAGUUUCUCAAACAAGCUCCAUGGGUCCAGACACCAGCAAGGCCAAGGAUGCUGCUACUUCCAUAUUUGCAAUACUAGACCAACAGUCAAAGAUAGAUCCGUUAGAUGAGUCUGGCAUGACUUUGGAUUAUCUGAAGGGAGACAUUGAAUUUUGCAAUUUAAGCUUUAAAUAUCCAUGCAGAUCAGAUGUCCAGAUUUUUCGAGACCUCAACUUGGCUAUUCAUUCUAGCAAGACAGUUGCCUUGGUUGGAGAAAGUGGGAGUGGGAAAUCUACGUUCAUCUCCUUGUUACAAAGAUUUUAUGAUCCUGAUUCUGGUUAUGUUACUCUUGAUGGAAUUGAAAUUCAGAAGUUUCAAGUGAAAUGGUUGAGGCAACAGAUGGGUCUUGUGAGUCAAGAACCAGUUUUGUUCAAUGACACCAUCCGUGCCAACAUUGCAUACGGAAAGGAAGGAAAUGCAAUUGAGUCAGAAAUUAAAGCAGUAGCAGAGUUGGCAAAUGCUCACAGCUUCAUCAGUGCCUUACCAGAGGGUUACGACACCAUAGUAGGAGAACGUGGAGUCCAAUUGUCUGGAGGGCAAAAACAACGCGUAGCCAUUGCUCGUGCUAUGAUCAAAAGUCCAAAAAUAUUGCUAUUAGAUGAGGCUACAAGUGCACUGGAUGCUGAAUCCGAAAGAGUAGUUCAAGAUUCAUUGGACAGAGUCAUGGUUAACCGGACUACAGUCGUGGUGGCUCAUCGAUUAUCUACAAUCAAGAAUGCAAAUGUAAUCGCAGUUGUUAAAGAUGGAGUUAUUGUGGAGGAAGGAGAGCAUGAGACUUUGAUUAAAAUGGAGGAUGGUUUUUACGCCUCCUUGGUUACACUCCACACAACUAGUAGUAUUGCCUCGUAGGUUUUUUUUUUUUUUAACUAUUUUUGUUUUGACAGCUUAUGCAAAAUAGAUAGGAAUUAUAAACGUAAAUUCCUAUUUGUUAUAAAUCAACUUGUAUUGUAAGAUUAUAUUUAGCUGUCAUAAUUAACCAAGUCUUAAUUAUUAAUUAAGAGCUUUGUACCUUUAUAUAUAUGGAUAGAGUUUUGCUAUAUACAAA